UUUUUUUCAUUCAUUCAUUUGUACCAACAAGAACAACAAUAUAUAGCUCUUUGUUUUGCAAGUUUGCGAAAAUAUUCUUUGCUUGUCACUUUUUUUUGGUAUUUUCUUUUUUAUUUUCUCGAGAAAACAAGAGAGAUAGAGAUGUUGCACAGGGUUGUGGAGGGGAUCAAAGGCAACGAUGGGAAUGAUAAGAAGAUCAAAGGGACUGUUGUGUUGAUGAAGAAGAAUGUUUUGGAUUUCAAUGACUUCAAUGCUUCCAUUCUUGAUCGGGUUCAUGAGUUGCUUGGACAAAAAGUCUCUUUGCAACUCAUAAGUGCGGUUAAUGCCGACCUUACUGUGAAAGGGCUGAAAGGGAAACUUGGAAAGCGUGCAUAUUUGGAAGACUGGAUUACUACAAUCACCCCAUUAACCGCAGGCGAUUCAGCAUACGAUGUCACAUUCGAUUGGGACGAGGAGAUAGGAGUUCCAGGGGCAUUCAUAAUAAGAAACUUUCACCAUAGUGAAUUCUACCUUAAGUCUCUCACACUUGAUCACGUUCCUGGACACGGUCGCGUUCACUUUGUGUGCAACUCUUGGGUUUACCCAGCUAAAAAUUACAAAACAGAUCGUGUUUUCUUCAGCAAUCAAACGUAUCUUCUAAGUGAAACUCCGGCACCGCUCAUUGAGUACAGAAAACAAGAACUAGUGAACUUGAGAGGAGAUGGAAAAGGAAAGCUUGAGGAAUGGGACAGGGUUUAUGACUAUGCUUACUACAAUGACUUGGGAGAUCCCGAUAAGGGCUCCAAAUAUGCCCGCCCAAUUCUUGGUGGAUCGACAGAGUACCCUUAUCCCCGUAGGGGAAGAACAGGCCGCCCACCAACCAAGACAGAUCCAGAAUCGGAGAGUAGGUUGGCGCUUCUAAUGAGCUUGAACAUUUAUGUUCCAAGAGAUGAACGGUUUGGUCACUUGAAGAUGUCGGAUUUCUUAGCGUAUGCAUUGAAAUCCGUUGUUCAAUUCCUUGUUCCAGAGCUUGAGGCUUUAUGUGAUAAAACACCUAAUGAGUUUGAUUCUUUCCAAGAUAUACUCAAAAUCUACGAAGGAGGAAUCAAGCUACCUGAGGGGCCUUUACUCGACAAGAUUAAAGAAAAUAUUCCCUUGGAAAUGCUCAAGGAACUCGUGAGGACCGAUGGUGAGGGAUACCUCAAAUUCCCAAUGCCACAAGUAAUAAAAGAGGACAAGACUGCAUGGCGGACAGACGAAGAAUUUGCAAGAGAAAUGUUGGCUGGAGUAGACCCUGUCAUCAUUAGUCGUCUCCAAGAGUUCCCUCCAAGAAGCACUCUAGAUCCUAAACUCUAUGGAAAUCAAAACAGUUCAAUAACUGAAGAUCACAUAAAGAACAAUCUAGAUGGGUUCACAAUAGAAGAGGCAAUCGAAAACAACCGGCUCUUCAUAUUAGAUCACCACGAUGCUUUAAUGCCAUAUGUAAGGCGGAUUAAUGCAACAUCCACAAAGAUUUACGCCACAAGAACUCUCCUCUUCCUGAAAAAAGACGGGACUUUGAAGCCUCUGGCAAUCGAAUUAAGCUUGCCACACCCAAAUGGAGAUCAAUUUGGUGCCAUAAGCAAAGUGUACACCCCAUCUGAGCAGGGUGUUGAAGGCUCCGUUUGGCAAUUGGCUAAAGCAUAUGUUGCAGUCAAUGAUUCCGGCUACCAUCAGCUCAUCAGCCAUUGGUUGAAUACUCAUGCGGCAAUUGAGCCAUUUGUGAUUGCAACAAAUAGACAGCUGAGUGUGCUUCACCCGAUACACAAGCUUUUGCAUCCUCACUUCCGUGAUACAAUGAAUAUAAAUGCUUUGGCUAGACAAAUCUUGAUUAAUGCCGAUGGAAUUCUUGAGAAAACAGUUUUUCCAGGAAAGUAUGCCAUGGAAAUGUCGGCUGUAGUUUACAAGAACUGGGUUUUUCCCGAGCAAGCACUUCCUGCCGAUCUUAUCAAGAGAGGAGUGGCGGUGAAGGAUGACAAUGCUCCACAUGGCAUCCUAUUAUUGAUUCAAGACUACCCUUAUGCAGUGGAUGGACUUAAAAUUUGGUCAGCAAUCGAAACUUGGGUUCAGGACUACUGUAAUUUUUACUACAAGAAUGACGAAAUGGUUAAGGAAGACUUAGAACUCCAAUCUUGGUGGAAGGAAUUGAGAGAGGAAGGGCAUGGCGACAAGAAACACGAGCCAUGGUGGCCUAAAAUGCAGACUCGAAGAGACCUAAUUGACUCUUGCACGAUUGUUAUUUGGGUGGCUUCUGCCCUCCACGCUGCUGUCAAUUUUGGACAGUACCCUUAUGCAGGGUACCUCCCAAACCGCCCAACUCUAAGUCGUCGGUUCAUGCCUGAACCUGGUACUCCUGAGUACGAAGAGUUCAAGUCGAGCCCUGACAAGGCUUUCUUGAAAACAAUCACAGCCCAGUUGCAAACACUUCUUGGGGUUUCUUUGAUUGAGAUUUUGUCAAGGCAUUCGUCAGAUGAGGUCUAUCUUGGGCAAAGAGACAGUGCUGAAUGGACAACCGAUGACGAACCAUUGGAGGCAUUUGGAAGAUUUGGGAAAAAAUUGGGAGAGAUUGAAGAAAUGAUCAUUGAAAUGAACAAUGAUGAGAAUUUGAGGAACAGGGUUGGGCCUGUUAAGGUUCCAUAUACUCUGUUGUUUCCAACAAGUGAAGGUGGACUCACUGGAAAGGGAAUUCCUAAUAGUGUUUCAAUUUGAAUAUUCUCUUUCUUUUUGUAUUCUGAUGUUGCAUUUUCGUAGAAGCAUAUGUUGAUUUAUAAAUUCUUAAUAAUUGUUAGUGAUGAUUUAUAAAUAAAUACCUACAUCAAUCAGAUGUGAUCCUUAUCAUAAUUAUAAUAUGCGGAGGAACCAUUCUUCAA